GAAGACAUCUCGAUUUUCCUCUUUUUCAACUUUUUGGCUUUCAAGUAAAACUAGAAAACAAACGUAUGGCGUGGAGGAUGGACUCGGAAAUCCAAGCACGAACAGCCCAAAGACUUUUCCUUUUCGCUUCAAAAACAGUGGCGAACGAUCAGUCUUUCGAUAUAGAUCAUCCGGGUACAAGGUUUCUCUUAAUGUUUUGAUUUCCUGGUAACCCAGAAAAUUUUUAUCACUGUAAAUGCGACACCAUGGCAAGCUGUGCAGUGGAAGGAGGCUGCGCUACCGAUUACAUUGCUAUUUCCAUAUCCAUCAUCUCCAUAAUUUUGCUUCUUUCACGGUCAAUUUUUCCCUUUUUGGUCCACAAGGUGCCACGUAUUAAUGGCAGUGGCUUCUGGAUUCCUCUAAUUCAAGUUUUUGGCAGCUUCAACCUAUUGUUGUCAAUUGUGAUGUCCGUCAAUUUUCUGAAAUUCAAAAAGAGGCAUUGGUGGCAAUCUUGCUAUGUUUGGGCAGUUUGGUUUGAAGGUCCACUUGGAUUUGGAUUGCUGCUUUCCUGUCGCAUAACACAGGCUUACCAACUGUAUUACAUAUUCGUCAAGAGGCGUUUACCACUAAUUAGGUCGUAUAUUUUUCUUCCUCUAAUUCUCUUGCCAUGGAUUGCUGGGGCUGCAUUUAUCCAUGUGAGGAAGCCACUUAACACUCGAUGCCACAUGGGGACUCAUUGGAUCAUUCCUGUUGUGUGCCUUCAUAUAUUCUAUAUUACUUCUUUGGUUGGAUUCACAGGGGCAAUCCAACAUAUAGAGUUCAGGUUUGAUGAACUCAAAGACCUGUGGCAGGGGAUACUUGUCUCAUCAUCAUCUAUUGGAGCGUGGGUUGUUGCUUAUAUUUUGAAUGAAAUUCAUGAUGAUAUCUCAUGGCUUCAAGUCAUCUCCAGAUUUUUUCUUCUAACUACAGCAAGUAUUCUUGUGCUGGUCUUCUUCUCCAUAUCAAGUUCACAACCUUUGCUUUCACAAAUCAGCUUGAGGAAAAGAGAACCUUUACAAUUUGAAACAAUGGGCCAGGCUUUGGGUAUUCCUGAUAGUGGACUACUAAUGCAAAGAGAUCCAGCUCCAGUAAUAGAUCCUAAUGAACCACUCGACAAGCUUCUUCUGAACAAAAGAUUCCGUCAGUCUUUUAUGGAUUUUGCUGACAGUUGCUUGGCUGGGGAAAGUGUGCAUUUCUACAAUGAAGUGCAUGAACGUGGCAAAAUCCCAAUAGAUGACACAAUAAGAAGGAUCUAUAUGACCAGACAUAUUAUUGAGAAAUAUAUAGUUGCAGGUGCAGCAAUGGAGGUGAACAUAUCUCACCGAACGCGGCAAGAAAUAUUGACUACCGUCGAUCUAGCACACCCUGAUCUCUUUAAUAAGGCAAUAAAUGAGUUGCUGCAGCUAAUGAAAAUGAACUUGGGAAAAGAUUACUGGACGUCCAUGUUUUUCAUCAAAUUCAAAGAAGAAGCCAAUAUGAGAUCCAGUGACCAUGACCUGGAACAGAUGGCAGGUUGGAACUUCUCUCCCAGAUUGAGUUCUGUGCAUGGCGCUGAUGAUCCAUUCCAUCAAGAACAUCCUGUGAAGGACACUGGUUGCAAUAAUCAUGGUUCGGACACAAGAAGCCAAGAAUUGUGAAAAUUUUGCCGGUCUACGGCAAAGUUGAUUAACGGAUGAAUAACAAGUGAUGCAUAAUGAAUCCUCAACUUAAGGAUUCAGAAUAUGAUGAAAUGCACAGAAAAUGAGUGAGAAAGAAGCACCUGUAGCAUCUGCAGCACUAUGCAGAGAUAAUUCAAAAACUGUCCAGGCAAGAAAAUGUUCAUUUUGUCAGCAUGACCACAUUCUGAAUAGUGACACUUGAAAGUAACCCAUAUCCCCCAAUUCAUUUCCAAGCUUUCAUUACAAGUGUUCGACAGAUACAUGGGCAUAUGCUCAUGUUGAAUGAAAUGAUGCCUCUAAUUACUUGUGUUCAAGUUCAACAGUUUGAUGUUGCAGGUCACGCUGAGAGCUGGUGGUACAUUCUUAAGUCAGGUUUAAAUCUUUGUUAGAAUCAUCAUAGAGCUGGAUUGAUGUACUGGAAAUUAAACAUGUUUGCUGUGGGUUUAAAAAACAAAAUAUUUGGCAUUUUGGGUCCAGUUUAAGCUUAUUUAUUAAAUAGGGGAUAAAUAAAAUUGUUUUAUUUUGUUAA